AUGUUCCAACGCCUAUUGGACACCGUACUCGGAUCAGAGCUGGAACUCAAUGUGUUUGUCUGCCUAGAUGUCAUCGUUAGACAAAUCUUCGACGAAUAUCUUUGCGUAUUACAAAAAAUAUUCCACUGUCUCCGAAAAACGCGCCCACGACUCAAUCCCGACAAGUGCCGCUUCUGUGUCAAUCGCAUUAAUUAUAUCGGACACCUCAUUUACUGCGAGGAGGACAUCCGGAUCGACCUGAGAAGAUCAGUGCCAUCACAAAUUGGUCCGUCUCACAGAACGUACGGCAAAACAUACGACAGUUCCUGCGAGUGGCUUCUUUGGUAUUGCCGAUUUACCGAAAGAUUCGCCAUCAUCUCCGUUCCGCUGAUCGCACUUACACGUAAACUGGCCAAAUAA